AUGGCGUUUCAAGAAGGACGAAGUGUUUAUAUUUACUAUUUCGUUGUACUUCUGCUAAGUUUGGGAGCAUUUUACAGUAUUUCAAGUUUCUUUAAUCUUUUUGUUUUGUAUUAUCAUUAUACUCAUGCUCCUCAUCCCAAAUUUAUUAUGUUACCUCAACGACGUUUAGCUAUUUAUACCCAUAUCAUCUCAGGUGUUACCGAAUUCAUCACCUGUUGGAUUGCGUUUGUAACAGGUAAUGAGAGAAUUGCAACGAUUGCAUCUCUAGCAGCAAUUGUCGGUCAUGUUUCUUCGGCGUAUUAUCAAACAUCGAUUGUGUUUGUUGCGAAAGCUUUGAUGGUAUCAGGUUAUUUAUUUGCUAUAUCUCUUCAUUUAUUCUGUGCUUUAAAUCUUUAUUUUGCUCCAAGUUCCGUCUAUUGGCUAUUGAACAUGUUUCUUGUUCAUAAUAUUUAUGUUUGGUGUCGUGUUUUCUAUUUUUUCUAUGGUUUUGUUGGUUUAUUCAAAGAUACACUUUAUACGAAUUCCAUUUUAACAUCUGGAUUGAUUUUAUUUCCAGCUGUUCUCGGUGUUUCAGCCAAUAUGUUAUUCUUGGGUUAUGUUGCACUUAGUAUUGUUCUUUACUUUGCCAUUGUUCAGCCAAAUCAAGAAGAACGUGUUCGUUUCGUCAGCGAACGAACACGUGAUCUCUUGGUGAACUCAAGUGUUCACAAAGCUUGGAUCAAUGAGAAGAUUCGUAUAGCAAAACUUGCCAAAGAUGAAGAAUUAACCGAUAGACAACAAGCGAAAUUAGUCUUUGAUCAAUUAGAUUACAAUAAGAAUGGCACACUUGAUUAUGAUGAAGUUUGUUGUUUGUUGAAAGAAUGGGCAGCUGCAGAAGGCUUAAUGAAACGAUUUUCUACUUGGUCAAAAAAGGGUGAUAUUCAUUUCAAUAUCUUUUAUAAUAAUAUUUGGCGUUUAGGCACAACAUCUGUUACUCACCGAAAGAAAGGUGAUGAAAAACAAGGUCUUGCAAGAGCAAAAUUUGUUUUUGAUAAUCUUGAUCAUGAUCAAAGUGGUUUUAUUGAUUUACCUGAAUUACAAAAAUUAUUAAUUCAAUGGGGUUUACCAGAUAAUGAAGUUGAUGAUUAUUUAGCUUAUGAUGAUGAUAAACGAUUGUCAUUCGAAGAAUUUUAUCAAAAUUUACAACCGAUUUGGGAAUUUGCUUUUGAAAAUAUGGGUGUUGCAAAUGCAGGUGAUGUCACGACACCACCGAAACACAAUCACUCAGAAUAA